ACAAACACAUAAUCUGGUAAAUUGGUAUUAUGAAAGACGAAAUAUGUCAGUUCUAUAGAUUGUUGGCAGAUAGAACUAUAAAAAAAGGUUUCCGAAAAGAAGCCUGUUACGUCGUACCCAGUGGAGUAUUUAUAAAAUGCUAUUUAAUCUUUAACAAACACAAAUUGAACUAAAGCGGUUUGCGUUUUUGGAUAUUUAUCUUCCCUGUUUAUAGAAGGCUACACAGUAAUAAUAGAAUAGUAAGACACGUAGAGUGAAUUACGCAAGCAAAAUGCUGUUCAUGCUGGGCAUGACUUUGAUCCUCUUCACGGGCGUGGUUACCGGCUAUAUAGAGAUACUAAGCGGUGACUUCUACAUAGAGGGUGUGUUUACUCUGUAUGCAGGACAUGGCGGUGAGCCUUGCGCGCGGCUGGUUCCACGAUCUGUACAACAUCUUGAGGCAGUCCGUUACCGGAUACAGCAAACGUCAACCUUUAAAAUAGGUCUGCGAGUCCAUGCAACGUGCGGAAACGUCAGUAGGGCACAGGAAAUAGCGUACAACAUCUCACAAAUGUUGGGAGACCCGCAUUCGAAGUCGAUUGCCGUUAUUGGACCAGAAUCAAACGAAGAUACCGAGGUGGUAUCUCGCCUUCUUAGCGCAUUACCACCUUCAUUCCGACCCAUGCAGAUAUCAUUCAGCGCAGACAGCAAUAUGUUUGACAAUAGAGAAAUAUAUAAGAAUUUCUUCCGUGUUAUUCCUACUGAAAUGGCAAAGUCAACGGCCAUUGUGGAGUUUAUGUCGGGUAUGUUGUGGACCUACAUGGCCAUCAUUCAUGACAACACUACACAUUCUGUGUCCAUGGUUACAAACAUACAGUCAUUGCAUGGCAACGAUGGACGCUAUAUCUGCUUUCCUCAUGUGUUAUCCAGACCGGCAGACACGUCUAGAGAUAUUACCGAAGAUCUAGAGGACAUUUUAUUUGGCGUGAAAAGUACGAGAGGGUUGAUUAUCAUAGGUGAUACAAAUUUGAUAAGCAGUGUCAUGGCAGGCCUCGAUAAAUUCGAGUUCAAUACGACUGACAACAAUUAUACGCGGCCCGUGAUUAUUGUUGUAGAGAAUGAGCCUUUUUCUGUUCCCGACAUAGCACCAGCUUACAACGCCUCAAAAGGAAUGUAUGCUAUCUCCCCGUCGAUAUUGACAGAUAUUGCAUUUCAAAAGCACUGGAAUGUUUCGCUAACAAACACAAAUUCCUCCGAUAAUUGGUUCGUAAGGAAACUUGCCGAACAGAAAGAAGAUAAUAACACGUCAAAUGCACAAUUAUUUGAUAUUUCACAAUUGUCUAUCUACUCGACAUAUGCUCAGAUUUCAGUUGAUGUAAUUUUAAAAUCGAUGUCCCAACUGUGUCAGGUAUCUUCACAGUGUACUGGUCUCGACACGGCGCAACUAUCGACUACAGCGUCACGUUUGAGUUAUGUGUCUACCAUUGGAAAUAUGCUUAUUUCAUUCGGACCAAAUAUCCCGAAUGCACAACUUACCAUGUCAAAUACGUCGGCAACAUUUUAUGACUUGGACGUGCUGAACAAUAUUCGUAAAUCAGAAACAUCUGCAUUCGGUUUCGAAAAGAUAUUCCAAAUAUCAUCAUACGGAGGAAGUGUUCUUAGUACUAACCGAAUCCAUCAAUAUUAUCGUAACGGAACGGAACAAAGUUAUCCAACUCUUCUGAAGCCACAGUGUCCCGACGGAAGAAAAUGCACAGAGUGUCGUCAAAUAGCGCCAUUGCCUAUUGACGUAACGAAAGGAGACCUGUAUAUAGUCGGCAUAGUUCCGGUGCAUACAGUAUUGGAUGAUGUUUUGACAUGUGGUUCCGUUAAACAGGGUGGUUUAGAUGUUGCGGAGAGCAUAAAGGCGGCAGUAAAAGAGGCGAAACUAUCAUACUCGGAUAAGAUCCCCGAUGCUUCAAUAGGUGUUAUCAUCAUCGACUCGUGUAACAGCCGCCAGAUCGUGGCUGCAAGAUUGUUGCAACUUUUAAAUCAGGGAAUAUAUGAGGACGGUAAAUUUACGGAAGUACGCUCCAAGAUCAUCGGUUACAUAGGGGGAUGGGUUAGCGACAACAGCAUAAUGGUCGCGUCUAUUCUUACACAAAUUAAAUCGGUGCAAAUAUCCUACGGAAGCACAAGCCCAGUUCUAAGCGACCGAACUUUAUAUCCGUACUUUAUGAGAAUGAUCCCAAAUGACCUUCACCAAGGUAGCAAAAUGAUUGAGCUCGUAAAAUCGACUGGCUCAGACUUAAUCCAGAUUUUAUAUUCCGACACGGCAUAUGGACGUGGAGGGAAGGACGUACUAGUAGAGCAUGCUGAUAAGAACGGGAUAUGUGUAGCGCAGAUUAUAAAAGUAGAACAGAAAGCAAACAUAGAUCUUGAAAUGAUUCGAACUCAGUUAACGCAGAAGGGAUUGCCCAAUCUUGUGCUGGUGUUUCUGAGUUCCUUUGACGUUGUAAAAGUAAUUGAAAUAUUGAAGCAGUUGCAGGGCUACACAUUUAUUGCAUCAGAGGGCUGGGGUAACCGAGAUAUUUUAGCGAAUGGCGAAAACCUUGUAGGAUCUAUAACUUUAGCAAAUGAGCUACCUAUACCUGACUAUCUGAAGAAACAUAUUGAAGAGGCUUCCAAACAGAAACAGAAGCAACAGUGGCUAUUGGAGUAUAUGGAGGAUUACUUUGAUUGCUAUUAUGAGUGGAGAUUUGAUAAAACAACACAUAGAAAGCCAUGCAGCGUGGACCAAUACUUGCAAUCCUGUCUUCGUGUCACGGAUACUUGUUUCAAAAUUGAUACUUGGUCACCGUUUGCUGCGAUUGGGGUAGAGACGCUCCUGAAGGGGGCGAAGGAAACAUUACAUCAUUUGUGCAACGGAAACACAAGCACAAUUUGCAAGGAAUACCUCGAGAAACCAGAGACGCUUAUAAACAACAUCAAGAACCAGCAAGUAGCUUACAACCUGAGGUCUCAUAAACAUAUCUUCCACAACACAACACACGACGGGCUAAUUGACUUCGUCACGUACAGAGUAACACAAGACUCCAAAGGCUUAUUCUACGAGGAAAUAGAGACUCCUAAAGAUAUCCCGAAAUCCACGUGCAGUGAAACUUUUCACGAGAGUUGCAAUACCUGCUUCGCUAAAAUGUCAGAAAAACCAGAUGAGAACGGCAGUGGCACGCGUGAAAACAAGAGUUACGUAAUCGCUAUGGGCGUUUUCAUUGGCAUUACGGUUGCUUUGGUGGCGGCAUUAGUAGCAUCAAUCUGUUACUUCCACAGGAGUGAAGGGUCUAACGACACCUACUUGACGCCAUUCGUUGAUGACCCUGGGUACUUGCGACCCAUGGAUAUCAUGCACCGCUCGGUCGACGGUAUAGACCAGUCCUCGCAGAUGGGAGGGGAAAGCUCCGGUAUAAGCGGUUGCAGUGUCAACAAGAUGACAGACGACUCACAUUCAGAUAAAACAGCUGGGAGAAUUUUGGCGAAGCCUUGUUCCGGUAAUGCAACAGUCACGCCUACACACGUUUCCACCGAACAACCAGUGGAGAUUCUUCCUAGCAAUAAUUGUAGCGAAUUCAUGAGGUCGGACUCCGAGCUGCCUUUACCGUUGAAUAAUCUAAAUUUCGGUAAUAUCCCACCCAUUCCAAAACAACAAACGAAAAAUCCGUAUGUGUAGUUUAUUGGUGAAUUAAAAUGCAUGCGACAAAGAAAAAAAACUUGAAUCUAUCGUUCAUAGAAGGUGUUUUGAGAUUUUCACGGCAGUUUGUUAGCCCGUUCUGGCUUUUACUUUAAUCCAAGUUAAGUUUUAUCACAUUCAUAUACUCAUGUACAAUCUGAGAAAAGUAUCAUUGAAAUUAAGAGCCGAAAUAAAAAGCAGACACGUUUCUUGUAUGUCAAUUACUUGAUACAUUUAUUUAUAAGUGAUACUGAAACUUUUUGUAAAGAAAAUGUACGUUUAUAUUUAUGUUGAAUACAAUCUGUUUGAGUGAUGUUUUGUUUGUUUUGACGACAUCUUGUGGUGAACGUCAUGCAACGUAUUAAAUAGUGGAAUGAUUGUUGUGUUAUUAGCUCACCACAUAUUAUUUCUGAAUGUGGAACGUAUUAAUUGAUAUUUUGUUUGUUUGUAUAAAGCUUGUCGCGUAUGAUUAUUAAUUAUCUAUACAUUUGUAUAUGUCUAGGAACAUAUCCAACUUAAUUUGGUUGUAUCAUGUAUUGUUAUUAUUUCUCUUGUGUAUAAGCUUUUCACAUCAAUGUUUAUGGAUACGUUGGUAUGUUAUUUACUGUGUUGUGUUAACAGCAUGUAUCAUACUUUUGUGAAUUGUAGAACGUUAUAAAUAGUAUCAUGUUUUAUGUGUUAAUAGCUUGUCAUAUAGAAUGGUUUAUUAAUCGUUAAGAAACA